AUGAAUAACUCAGACUGUGGCUCCUCUCGUUUGAACCUUGCAAACGAAUCCAAUUUUGGAAUUCUUCGAUGGCAAGAUAGCCAAGAAGAACGACCGAUAUCUUUACACACAUCCAUCUACAACACUGACCUCGGCCUGCCAACAUUGUUCGACGGAAUUCAAGUCACAUCACCGCCCAUCUCCAUUACAACCAUCAACGCACAUCCCAAUAGCAGCGGGAUGGCAGGACAUCUCGCAUCUUCCCUGACCCUGCUAUUCGCACCUCACACUACACCUCCCGUAACCCCCGUCCCCGAUUUAAAUUCGCCUCCAUACACCUCCCCCUGCUUCCCAUGUUUCUCCCUUCUCCCCGCAAACAUCCGAAAUAAAUCGCGAACCCGCAGAUAUGACACGACGAAGACGCGCGCACGCGGAGAAAAAAGACUCGAAAGGGGGAAAAAAAAUGUGAAAAGUGAGAAACAUCCGAGGGAUGAGGAGUCUGUCUCCAUUCAGCUGCCCCCGAUAGCUCCGAAGAUGGACAGCUUUCCUUUUCCCCGAACGAAUGAAAUUCACAUCACGACGAAGGGAAUAAUACAAACCAAGCAAAGAAGAUGGAAUGAAAGAACUCCCCCUUCACGAACUUCCAUCCGAUUCCUUCAAGUCGAUAGUGGCGUUCACCAACCAAAAGUUGUGACGAUCAAAUAUGACGCACAGAAGCAUCUCAGCCCCCAUACCCACGACCGGACAUCUUCCCCGCCCUUCUUCCAGACUUCCUCCCGUCGGUUCGCGUUCGUCCCCGACGUGCCAAUUUUGUGUUGCAACACCCACGCCGGCGCCGCGGCGGGGAAGGAGAAGAAAAAAGAGCAUUCGCGUUUCACCUGUCCCGCCUGCCAUCGUGUCCGUCAUCCUGGGAUGGCAGGUGUCGCAAUGUGGUCAGCGCCGUGUGUCAUCGAAACCUUGGCCACGAAAUCUUGCUUUUCUUUUCCCCCUCCCCUCCCCUUCCCUCCCGCCCGUCAAUUGCUGAGGUGGGAGUACCUAGCACCACCUCUCACCCCCAUGCUCCUUGUUCCGCGUUUCACCAGCGAUUCUUGGGAACUUUUGGGUCUUGUCAGCAGCGUGGCCGACGUCGAUUCGGCGCCAUUGAAGCCACGACUUCAUAUUGCCACCGGCGCGGUUCACCUCGGGUUCAUAUACAUCGCGCAAAUCACGUUGAGAUCUAGACCGUGGAACUUUGGUAUAUGGCUUGUAUUUGAAUUUGUUUCGGAGCUAACUUCAAGUAGACCGUUUGUCAUGGAAAAAAAGAUGUCGUUUCAGACAUCGAAGCUUCUUGCCAGAUGUAGCAAUAUCAAGCGUCAUGAUGCUCGCUCACUUAAGAGGAACAUAAGAGGGGAGUUGGGUCGCAUCAGAUGCGUCCGCCGAGCCUUGCGUGCCACUGUGAAGAGGGCAUCGCGAAGAAAGCCCGAAGAGUAA